GCACCCGCUCGUCCACCGUUCGCAUACGCCGCGCUUGCUCGCAUACGCCGACCCUACCCGCAGCCGGCCGGCCUGCCCGCAGCCGCUACCAUGGCCAACGAGCAGAGCGGGCUUCCCCUGCGGAGGUGGAAGCCUUUCUACAGCGCUUUCCAGGCGAUCGACGGCGCGAUCGAGGCAUGCGGCUACCCGCGCGCCGAGUAUCGUGACGUGCGUGGCGAGAUCGUCGUGCUGCUCCGCGGCGCCACGGAUGACGGCGUGGCCGAGCAGCUCUGCGCCGUGCUCGACGACGUCAUGGUCGAAUCCCUCAAGACGCUGCUGGUCGCGCCCGUCCCGCACGACCUGCUGGCGUCCACCGAGCUGGCGAGGACCGUCGGCGCCCUCGGGAGCCACGGGUCGUCCCGGAUCCGGAGCCUCGCGCGCGACGUCGUGCGCGGGUGGAGGGUAGCCGUCGAAGCCUCCUUCGCCACUGCUGUAGCGGUGAAGAAGAAACUCGACAAUCUCUCUGCUGAUCAGAUCCCGCUCCCGCGCGCUGCCGUCGACAAGGUGCACGUACCGUCUGCCAAGAUGCUUCCCGCUGCUGCUGAGGUACACAACAAGAAGCCGGACAUACCACCAGCAAAGAUGAUUUCCAUCGCUACCGCUGUCGAGGUACACAACAAGAAGGCGCACGUACCACCAGCAACGACGCUUCCCACCGCCGAGGAACACAAGAAGCACCAUUAUGUUCCGCCAACGAAGACGCUUCCUCCCGCAGCAAUUCUAUCGAAUCAACAGAAGAACAUAAGUGAGACCAAGAAGCCGGCCGUCGCCGAGAGCGAGAAGAUGGAGGCUACAAAACGCAAGCUACGAGAGAGUUACCAAGAAGCCGAUGGAGUCAAGCGUCGGCACAGCAUCCAUACCAUCAGGGAGGAAGAGGGGAAGCUGCUGGAGGAGGAGCAAUGGAAGAUGCAUGCGUCCCAUCGUGCGAUAGGAUGUAGGACCUCGUCAGGCGUCAGGUGUUCUCGGCCUCCUCGCGUGCUAUAGGGCCGGAUCUUAUUUUUGGGUGACCAUUAUUGUGCAUUUUGAUGUCGUGGAUCAUCAGCGCCGGGACAUAGCAAAUUUUAUCCUGAUACUAACUGUCCAAGAGAAAUUGCUCAUUGAUGCA